AUGAUCAUUGCUGGCACAAAGGAGCGUUCCGGCAUACUUGGCGAAGUCUUAAAACAAGAUGUGUUAUGGACAAAAAAGCUUGUCACAUUCGUAUUCCAAUAUAUACCAUUCACCAAAUUACGGCUACAUUGCAAAUGUUUGGAGAUAUCAUGCAACGGUAUUGCCUGGUUGGCUGGCUGGUUAGCCUUCAUUUGGAUAGCGGAUAGCAAAUCACUUUAUCAAAUGCAGCUAAAUCUGCUUUUUGGUUUAAUAUUAGAUAUUAUCAUAAUAGCUGUGUUGAAGGCAAUCUUUCGACGAAGACGACCAGCAGUGUGUUCGGAUAUGCUCACAUUAGGGCCGGAUAAAUUCAGUUUUCCUUCAGGCCAUGCGUCCAGAUCGGCAUUUAUACUCAUGUUUUUCACCAUGCUAAAUCCAGUUUCAGAGUUAUUAUGGAUGCCCAUACUAUCGUGGACACUCAGUGUGUGUUUGUCCAGAGUUUUACUCAGUCGUCAUUAUAUAUUGGAUGUACUUGGCGGUAUGGGUGUUGGUGUUGUAGAAGCGCUACUGGUUGGUCUAUUAUGGAUUGGUGAAAAUGCUGCCUCAAGUAUUAUUAAUUAUGUUACCAAUGAUUAUUUGCCCGGUGGUGAAGAGUAA